AUGAGCUCCUUGCUAUCGGAGAAAGACCUUAACGAUUUCAUAAGUCCAGGCUUGGCUUGUGUGAAGCCAGCAGAGCCUAUCGAAAAGGGCGAAAAGCAAGAAGGCGACUUAGAGGUUGGUAAAGAGUCAAAUGAUAUGGGAAAAGUUUCAAUAUCUCUUCAAGACUGCCUCGCCUGCUCUGGAUGCAUCACUUCAAGCGAGGAAAUUCUACUCAGUCAGCAAAGCCACACAGUUUUUCUGGAAGCUUGGAAGAAUCUCGCGCGCGAUACAGCUCUGGUUGUAAGUAUACCACCACAGUGCCGCCUCUCGUUGGCUCACUAUUAUGAUAUGAGCCUAGAAUCAUUCGAUAAAAGCUUUUUGACACUUAUGAAAGAAAAGUUUGGAGCUAGAUACAUUGUGGGUACCCAAAUUGGCCGAAACAUAACAGUAAACCAAACUAAUAAACUCUUGACCGAGCGGAAGAGCCUAAGUUCUAGCAAGAAGCCUGCUCUCUGUGCAGUCUGUCCAGGUUUUGUACUAUAUGCUGAAAAAACAAAGCCUGAACUCGUGCCGUACCUCUUGGAUGUUAAAUCUCCUCAGCAAAUUACAGGCGCCUUACUGAAGAAGGCAAUACCUAAUAUUUACCAUCUCACUAUUAUGCCUUGUUUUGAUAAGAAGCUUGAAGCAAGUAGAAAAGACGGUGAGGGGGAGGUUGAUUGCGUAAUUACGCCGCGCGAAUUUGCAACGAUGUUGCAAGAGCAAGACCUGAAGCUGACAGAUUUCUUAACCAGCACAGAUGAGACGGUUUUGAAGCAGUCGUGUUCCCCUCCAGGUUGGGAUAUAAGUGUACAUUGGGCAUCAAACGAAGGCAGCGCAUCAGGUGGAUACGCUUAUCAAUACAUUCUGCAUCAAAAGUCUCUGCACCCUGGCUCUUGCAUUUCAACAAUUACAGGAAAGAACAGCGACCUUAAGGAAUUCAGACUGAUGGAUGUAUCGAAUGAAAACGUCAUUGCUUCCUCAAGCGAGCUCUAUGGUUUCAGAAACAUUCAGAAUAUGGUGCGAAAGCUCACCAGCUCAGGAUCAGCCAGUCGGAAUAUUAAAGUAUUGCGCAAGAGGGCAACCACAAGCUCCAAUAAUGGAUCAAGCUUUGGCUCUGCAGUGGACCCCAGCAAAACGGACUUCAUCGAAGUCAUGGCGUGCCCCGGUGGUUGCAUCAACGGAGGAGGUUUGUUGAAUGGUGAAGCAAACAGUAGUAGACGUCGUGCGUUAGCAAAGAGUCUUGAACUGGAGUACGGGAAAGUAAUACCGAAAGUAUCAUGUUCUGAUCACCCACGUGAUGACAGCACGUAUAAGUACAAGUUUAGUGCUAUUGAAAAGUCCCAAGAUGUAUUAACCGUUGGAAACACGUGGUAG